AUGAUUCCAGCAGAGAAAGCCGCAGACGUCAAGGAGGCUGCGUGCUCUACACCCGCGGACGAGGUGUUCAUCGAGAGCGUCGAGAAGAGUGUCGACAAGGAAGGCGUGGCCUAUCUCGUCCGCAAUCCCCACGCGCUAGCGAAGGCGUAUGGUCCAGCGGGCGUUGGAGCCGUCCUGAAGAACAAGAGCAUGCUAUUAUGUGCAAUCACCGCUGCAUUUGGUGGUCUUACCUUCGGCUAUGACCAGGGCGUGAUCAGUGUCACGCUGGUCAUGGACCACUUUCUGAAGACCGUUCCCGAGAUCGCCGAAGGCUACCCCGGCGCGGGCUUCAACAAAGGCCUGCUAACGGCUAUCUUGGAGCUUGGCGCAAUGAUAGGCGCUGCCCAGACCGGCUUUCUCGCAGACCGCUUCUCCCGCAAGCGUGCUCUGACCAUCGGCACAAUCUGGUUCAUGGUCGGCUCGGCGAUCCAGACGGCGACGUACUCGUACACUCAGCUAGUAGUCGGCCGCUUCGUAGGCGGUGUUGGGAUAGGCUUGCUGAGCUGUGCGGCACCUCUGUAUAUCUCAGAGAUCGCGCCGCCGAAUAUUCGCGGAGGCCUCUUGGCUUUGGAGGAGGUCAUGAUCAUCACCGGUAUCAUCGUCGCAUACUGGCUCACCUUCGGCACGCGCUACAUCGACUCGGACCUUUCGUGGCGCCUGCCCUUCGGUCUGCAGAUCCUGCCUGGCCUCGUCCUCUUCACGGGCCUAUUCUUCCUGCCCAACUCCCCGCGCUGGCUCGGUAUGCAGGGAAGAAGCGACGACUGCCUGAGCACCAUCGCGAAGUUGCGCAACCUCCCGGAGGACGACGCUCGUGUACAGGCCGAGUACAUUGGGAUCGUCACGGAGGUGGGCGUUAUGCGGGAGGCGGCGGCACGUAGGCAUCCCAAGUUGCACGUUAAGGAGGCGCUAGAGGUGGCAGGGUGGCGGGACGCAUUGGAUAGGCGGUACAUCAAGCGCACGAAUGUGGGCUGUGGGGUGGUAUUCUUCCAGCAGUUUGUGGGCAUCAAUGCGUUGAUUUACUACUCACCGAGCCUCUUCUCCUCGCUGGGCUUGACCUUGGACAUGUCGCUGCUCAUGUCCGGCGUCAUGAACGUCCUUCAGCUCGUCGGCUGCCUCCCCACCACCCUCGUUCUCGACAGACUCGGCCGGCGCACCAUGCUCCUCUGGGGCUCCCUUAUCUGCCUCCUCUCCCACGUCAUCAUCGCCUCUCUCGUCGGCGCCUUCCACACGAACUGGCCCGCGCACCCCGCGGGCGGAUGGGCUGGCGUGGCGUUCAUCUCCGUGUACAUGGUCGCUUUCGGGACGAGCUGGGGACCGAUCGCGUGGGCGAUGCCGUCAGAGGUGUUCCCGGGGUCGAUUCGGGCGAAGGGAGUGGCGGUGAGCGCGACGGUGAAUUGGUUGUCGAACUUUUUGGUCGGCCUUAUUACUCCGCCUCUGAACGAUGCAACGCCGUAUGGGUCCUUUGUAUUUUAUGCGGUCAUGACGCUGCUUGGAUUGCUGUGGACGUAUCUGUUUGUACCGGAGACCAAGGGCCGAUCGCUGGAGGAUAUGGAUGCUGUCUUUGGGGAUUCGAUAGCUGGCGAAGAGAACGAAAGUCGAGAAAGGAUUGUCAGAGCUCUGCUAAAUGAGGACACCGGCAAGGUCGCUGAGGUAGCGUGA